AUGUCAGUUGAGAAACGCUUUCCGGAGGAGGAGAAGGCAGAGUCGGUGCCUUCGUCCAUCCAGGCGAAGUUCGCUUCUCUUGACAGCGACGAUAGUGGCGAGCUGAGCUACCGGGAGCUUUUGCCGCUGCUGAAGCCGGGCGUGCCAUUGGCACAACUGGAGGCAGUGAUGCACAGCUUGGAUACAGACAGCAGUGGUGGAGUUGACGUGCUCGAGUACGCAGGUGCCAUGAUGCAGCGGCCUCGGAAGCGUCGGCUUCGUCCCACGACGCUGCCCGGGCCACGACCAAGGAGCUUGGAGCAUGUAGACAAUGCCCCAGCGCCCCGCCCGCGGGCUGGCGACACGGAACUUCCUUCUCUGGCGCCUGCGAUAUUGAAUGGGUCCACCGCUGAACGUCUCCAUGGUCUUCUCGGUCGAGUAAACGGACGCGCGCGGCGUCCCAGCAUUCCCCUUCCUCCAGGGGGUCUCACAGCAAAGGAGCGCACGGCGGCUCACCGCGGCUUCUGCUUCAAUUACCGGAUGAGUGACUCCAUCCCCUUGAAUCGCAAGCAGCUGGAUGUCCGGUCGCAGGCCUGCCGCACAAAGCACGACACCUACCCACCGGAUUUGCCCAGCGCAACCAUCAUCGUUGUAUUUCACAACGAGCACGUCUCAGUUCUCCUCCGCACCCUGCACUCCAUCUUGAAUCAGUCACCACCGCGAUUGUUGGCGCAAUUGAUCGUCGUGGACGAUGCCAGCGUCCCCACGGAUCGUUUCGACCAAGAACACUGGGAAGCUCUUCAGUCCCCCUUGGCCGAAUACUGUCAGCAGCUGCCAAAGACGCAGUUGGUUCGGCUGGCAGAGCGGCGAGGGCUGAUGCUUGCACGUAUGGAGGGUGUAUGGAGGGCCACAGGUGACGUGGUGAUUUUCCUAGACAGCCACAUCGAAGCCACCCCGGGUUGGAUAGAACCCCUGCUUGCGCGGAUCAAGGAGGAUCCCAGGAAGGUGGUUCUGCCCAGAGUCGACACCAUUGACGCAGAGACUUUUGAGUAUUCGUCCACAGAGCGCAGCGGUAUCGGCGUCCUCGGCGGCUUGGCU